ACGCAGGCCGUUUGGGCAUGACGUGUCCGGAAGUGUUAUUAGGAAGUGAACGAGCGUCUGAACAGCAGGUUGUCGUUAAAUAUGAAGCGCUGAGGGGGCCGACAUUUGUAUCAUUAUUAUUAUUAGUUAAGCCCCUUCUAGGCCGAAGCGCGUGCUGAGGAAGAGAAAUAGUCAGCCAUGAUGUCGGAAUGCGACCCCACCGACACCGAGAGCGCGAGCGCCGCCUUCAACGAGAGCCGCGUCCCGGAGCCGGGGUUACUGCGCGCGCUGCCCGGGGGAGCUCAGCGGAUCUGCGGCUCUACAGAGUCCGUGCUCACGGAGCUGGAGGCGGAGGAAGAGGAGGAGGGAGAGGAGGAAGACGCGCUUCUGUUACCGGGACCAGCGACCUGCAGCUCGGCCUCAUCCUCCCCGUCCCGCGCCGCCAGAGACAAGAGACCCAGAACCCGGAACCGACACAGCUCCUCCUCGGAUAAAGAGAACCUGGCUUCUCCCGGAAACAGCAGUGGGGAGUUUAACCAUUUCCCGGAGGACCCGGUGUUUGGGGAGAUCAUACAGCGGGCGGAGCAGGCCAUCGAGAGUGGCGUUUUCCCCGAGAGAAUCUCACAGGGAUCCAGCGGCAGCUACUUCGUCAAAGACCCUAAAGGGAAAAUCAUCGGCGUGUUCAAGCCCAAGUCGGAGGAGCCGUACGGUCACCUGAACCCCAAAUGGACCAAAUACUUCCACAAGCUGUGCUGCCCGUGCUGCUUCGGCCGCGGCUGCCUCAUCCCCAAUCAGGGCUACCUCUCUGAGGCAGCCGCCUCGCUGGUGGAUCAAAAACUCGGCCUGGACCUCGUCCCAAACACCAAGGUUGUUUCUCUGGCCAGUGAGACGUUCCACUACAACGCUAUUGAUCGAGCGAAAUCUCGUGGGAAGAAGUACGCACUGGAGAAAGUCCCCAAAGUGGGGCGUCGCUUCCACAGGGUGGGCCUGCCCCCCAAGGUUGGUUCGUUCCAGCUGUUUGUAGAAGGCUAUCAGGAGGCAGAUUAUUGGUUGAGGAGGUUUGAGGCGGAGCCUCUUCCUGAGAACACGAGGAAGCAGCUGCAGUCUCAGUUCGAGAGACUCGUGGUACUGGAUUACGUCAUCAGGAACACAGACAGAGGGAACGAUAACUGGCUCAUUAAAUAUGAGAAAGCUGGAGAAGGAGAGCAGCUGGUGAAGGAUUGUGAGUGGAGUGAACCUAAAGAGUGUGUGAUUCAGCUCGCUGCUAUCGAUAACGGCCUGGCCUUCCCCUUUAAACACCCUGACGAGUGGAGAGCAUAUCCGUUCCACUGGGCGUGGCUCCCUCAGGCCAAAGUGGCGUUCUCUCAGGAGACGAGAGAUCUGGUUCUGUCGCGGAUCUCCGACAUGAACUUCGUACAGGAUCUGUGUGAGGAUCUCUACGAGCUCUUUAAGACGGAUAAGGGGUUUGAUAAGGCCAUGUUUGAGAAGCAGAUGUCGGUGAUGAGAGGACAGAUCCUGAACCUGACCCAGGCGCUGAAGGACGGGAAAAGCCCCCUCCAGCUGGUCCAGAUGCCCCGGGUGGUGGUGGAGCGCAGUCGAGGUGGAGGACAGGGACGGGUGGUGCAGUUAGGAAACGCUUUCACGCAGACUUUCCACUGCAAGAGACCGUUCUUCACGUCCUGGUAGAGGAGGAGCCACGUGAAGCGGAGGGUGGGGGUCUGCCCAUGACGUUCUUGGCAGCUUGUUGUUUGAGACUUGAGGAGUUGAAGGACACAGUGAAGAACAGGAGACUCUUACAAUGGCUCGGUGAGGAAGUUCUGAUCUCCUGGUUAGUGAUGUGUUUUACUUUGACUUGCUGAAAGCUUCAACACCAAGAUAUCAUCUUCCACUGGGAGCUGGGGUGGAGAGCAUGAGCGAGAGCUUCUUUUCAUAAAGGGUUUUGGGGUAAUUUGUCUGUUUGGAGCAGUUAGCAAGCGGUUUCACUGCGGGGUGGGGGGGGGGCCUCCUUCGCUUCCUGGUGAGAACGAGGAGUUCCUCGAGUAUUGGUGAACCUUAAUCUUGCGGCAUUUGGUGUGAACUUCUUCAGGGAGAACAUCCUGAGAUGGAUCACUGAAGGUGUACUUUUCUAUUGGGUUUGUUGGAUGUUUUUCCACUUAAGAUGCUACCAGAAGCUCAAAAAUCCCUUUUCAGUUUAAAAACAAAACAUGAAGGGCUUCUUUUCAGGAGAGAAUUGAGAGUGCAGCUUCAGCCAGUGGCCUCCGGACCAUCAGGUUUAACUUUCACUGCAAAAGGUUCUUCUCCACUUCCUGCUUAUGGGGAACCACUAGCUGAAGAUGCUGGGUGUCCUUUGGAGAGGUUCUGAUCAAGAUAUUAUUGUAUGUCCACAUUAAGACACGGUACCAUCUAAUCAGGAAGGUCUGUCCUCUGGAAAGGUAGCAGGGUUUUUUAGGGACUAAUUCAGCACGUUGUUGGUUUGGUCAUGGAAUGCAGCACUUCCUGGUCCUGGGAGCCACUAGACAGGAAAGGGACAUCUCUUGGAUUCCUGGUUUGUUCUGCAAGUAAACAUGGAUGUCUCAACUCUGAAGGAAGGGAUAACGUCCUGAAAAGAAGUCCUAAUUGAACAGAAAUGACUUUUCUCUUGGAGCUGUUGUUUCAAGCCCGGUGCGGUGCGGUAGAACUUCACACUGUGGUGAGAAAUGAAGGCGGUUCUCUUUUUCCUGAAGCUUUUUCUUACUGUUUUAUCUGCACACGCUGCAUUGGAUUUAAAUCUGUUUUUCUACACUGUAAAACGUGUGAAUGAGGACUGAAGCGUAAAUAUUGUGAAACUUGAAGAAAAACAUUUUGAAUGUAACCUGCGAGUUUACAUUUCACGCCGGUUCUCUCGGACUUCUCGAGUCGGAGCAGGACCACCGGUGGUGUUUUGACCCGCUUUGAAUGUAUUUAAUGCCGUUUCUCGGAAGGCCGAGCGUGCGCGCACACACUGAUCAAACAAGACGAAUAAUUCGACGUGUAUGCAUGGUGGGCUUUACAUUCCUGCUGAAUGGUUGUUGUUGAAACUGUACUGAGUGACAAAUCAAUCCAAUAAAAUGAGUUAAAUGAAA